AUCAAUCGCAGCCAUGACGAGCUUGCAUUCAAGUUGGACAUUGUAUUAAACCAAUCAUCAUCAUCAUCAUGAUCAAAAUCAUCUGAUCGACUUGUUUUCAAUUUCCACUACUCCAGAGUCCAAAGCCCGAACCUCUUUCGUACAUCACGAGACCAAAACAUUCGAAUUUGUUUCUAUUGCUCAACAUUCUGGUGUUUUACUUUUUAUUUAUAUACUUAGUUAUAAACGUAAACAUAUUUAUUUAUAUUGUACUCUACCAGUGACAUAAAUCUUCCACUUGCAUUUAAUUAAUUAAUAUUAGUAAUAAACAAUUAUUAGUAAAUAAAAAGUAUGUCGACAUCAGUGAUAGGAAGACGAUUAUCAAUGCCGGCAAUUGUUAGAAACUUGCCAAUUUUAACAACAUCUCGAUUUAUCACGAGAUCAUUACCGUUAAGUCAAGACAAAAGUGAAGGAUGGCUAAGUAAACUUGGUGUAAGAAAAAUAGAACCUACCAAAGAAUCACAUUCACGAAUGCUGUCAGACAAAGAAGUUAUUUAUGCAUUACACACCCACAAUGUACGACCUGAUUCUAUUGAUAAAUAUCUCGCUAAUUACAAAGAAAAUGUAAAUCUCAUCCAUUCCAAGAAGAGUGAAUUAAAUUGCGAAUUAGUCGGCUCGUGGACUGUUGAAGUCGGCGAUCUUGAUCAGGCUUUACAUCUGUGGCAGUACACUGGAGGAUUUGAACGUAUUGAUCGCGCUCAAAUAGCGUUAUCUAAAGAUGAAUCUUAUCAACGAUUAUUACGAGAGCGCGGUAACUUUUUGCGAUCACGGCACUUGCAGUAUCUGCUGGCAUUUAGUUACUGGCCGCUUCUGGGUAAACGUGAGGGCCCAAAUAUCUAUGAGAUAAGAAGCUAUAGAUUAAGACCUGGUACCAUGAUUGAGUGGGGUAACAAUUGGGCACGUGCUAUUAAUUAUAGGAGAAAUAAUGAUGAAGCAUUUGCUGGUUACUUUUCACAGAUUGGAAGACUUUAUAAUGUCCAUCAUAUUUGGUGCUAUAAAGAUCUACAAGCAAGAAGAGAAACUCGUGAAAGCGCAUGGAGAUCACCAGGAUGGGACGAAUGUGUUGCUUACACAGUGCCACUUAUACGUGAAAUGCACAGUCGUAUUUUAAAACCCACAAAUUUUUCACCUACUCAAUAA